AUGACUGCCAGACCCCGGGACCCCCGGUUCCCUCCCACCCCGGGUUCUCCGCCCCCCUCAGCCCGGUUCUCUCCCGGCCCCGUUCGGCUCCGGGCGGCCUCGCGAAGCCGCCGUUGCCGCCGGCAGCUCCGCCUGUUCCGGCAGAGGCGCCCGCCCCUCGCCCCGCCGCCCGUCCGCCCCCCCCCCCCCCCCCCAGCCCGGCCUGGCGGUAAGAUGGCGGCGGCGGAGUGCGAUGUGAUCAUGGCGGCGCCCGAGGGACCCGGCGAGCCCGAGAGCGAGGAGGAGGCGCGGAGAGAAGCAGAAUCAUUCAAGGAACAAGGAAACGCAUACUAUGCCAAGAAAGAUUACAAUGAAGCGUACAACUACUACACAAAAGCCAUAGAUACCUGUCCCAACAAUGCCAGUUAUUACGGUAACAGAGCUGCCACCCUCAUGAUGCUGGGGAGAUUCCGAGAAGCACUGGGAGAUGCUCAGCAGUCUGUCAGAUUGGAUGAUAGCUUUGUAAGGGGCCAUCUACGGGAAGGGAAGUGCCAUCUUUCCUUAGGGAAUGCCAUGGCUGCCAGCCGCUGCUUUCAACGAGUUUUAGAACUGGAUCAUAAGAAUACUCAGGCACAGCAAGAGCUAAAGAAUGCCAGUACCGUGCUAGAAUAUGAAAAAAUAGCUGAAGUGGAUUUUGAGAAACGGGAUUUCAGAAAGGUUGUAUUUUGCAUGGAUCGUGCUUUGGAGUUUGCUCCUGCUUGUCACCGAUUCAAAAUCCUCAAGGCCGAAUGUUUAGCACUACUGGGUCGCUACCCAGAAGCACAGUCUGUAGCAAGUGACAUCUUACGAAUGGACUCUACAAAUGCAGACGCUCUGUAUGUCCGUGGUCUCUGCCUUUAUUAUGAGGACUGUAUCGAGAAGGCAGUGCAGUUCUUUGUCCAGGCACUCAGAAUGGCUCCUGAUCAUGAGAAAGCGUGUCUUGCCUGCCGUAAUGCCAAAGCACUUAAAGCAAAGAAAGAAGAUGGGAAUAAAGCGUUUAAAGAAGGAAACUACAAACUAGCAUAUGAACUGUAUACAGAAGCACUAGGAAUAGAUCCAAAUAACAUAAAAACAAAUGCCAAACUCUACUGCAACCGGGGGACAGUUAAUUCAAAGCUUAGGAAACUUGAAGAAGCAAUAGAUGACUGCACGAAUGCAGUAAAACUGGAUGACACAUAUAUCAAAGCAUACUUGAGGAGAGCACAAUGUUACAUGGACACAGAGCAAUAUGAAGAUGCUGUAAGAGACUAUGAAAAAGUAUAUCAGACAGAAAAAACAAAAGAACACAAGCAACUUCUAAAGAAUGCACAGGUGGAACUGAAAAAGAGCAAACGGAAAGACUACUAUAAAAUCCUUGGGGUUGACAAAAAUGCCUCUGAAGAUGAGAUCAAGAAGGCUUACAGGAAAAGAGCACUAAUGCAUCAUCCAGACCGACACAGUGGGGCAAGUGCAGAAGUACAGAAGGAAGAGGAGAAGAAAUUUAAGGAGGUUGGUGAAGCCUUUACCAUCCUGUCAGAUCCCAAGAAGAAGGCCCGCUAUGAUAGUGGACAAGAUCUAGAAGAGGAUGGAUUGAACAUGGGUGACUUCGAUGCAAAUAAUAUCUUUAAGGCCUUCUUUGGUGGGCCAGGUGGCUUCAGUUUUGAAGCUUCUGGGCCUGGAAAUUUCUUUUUCCAGUUUGGCUAAAAACAAACAAACACACAUACCUGAUCUGCUUAUUUUAGCCUUGAAUAUGGACAUACUUUAGACUCCUUCCUUCAUCAUGUCUCAUUGUACUUAGAGCAGUUUCAUUUUUCUCGGUUGGAGACCUCUGUUUUGUGUGCUUGUGUGUGUGAAGAGGAAACCAGCUCGGGGAGGGGAAGGCUUGUGAAUUUUGUUUUACUGUUAACUUUAUUAAAAAAAAAAUAAAGCUUUGAAUCUUUUGGUCCCUCCAUGCUGGCCCGUACUUUCAGACUGUUCCUGCUCCUCAGCAGAGAGGAUUUCCCUGAAGUCCUCCUGGAAACUUGCCGUGUGAGAGGGUGAAGUAAUCUCCUGUUUUGUUUUGGUUGGCUCCAAAGUGCGAUAUGGCAGCAUGUCUAGGGUUUGUAGUAACUUGUAAGUUAUCUUAAUCUUCUGAAAAUGUUGCCAGGAUUCAGUCAAACUUCAUACAAUUGCAUUUUACCUGACAGCUGUCUUUUUUUUUUUUUUUUUUGCCAUGGUUCUACCAGAACGGUACACUUGGGCAUUAACUUAAUCGAUAAUGUGUGAGCUUAAAAAUUUUGUAUCAGAGAGAAAUGCUUCUUUGGAUUUAAAAGAGCAGCUUAUGUGAGAAUUCCCUGUGAUGCAGCUAGAAUUAAGGGCUUUGUGUUUCCACUCCAUGAAUUGUCCUCUUUAAGGGAAUGUUGAAUUUGCUCUGGGCUGAAUUUUUCCACCGUAUGUUUUUUAAUUAAUCUACUUGAACAUUUAAUAUCUGUGCUAAACUUGAUUUUCUUGGUUUUAAAAUCUUUGUUUGAUUUUUGUGUUACUGAUCCGUAAAGUGGAUGAGCUCUUUUUAGCUUUGAAGAAAUGCAACGUAAUAUUCAGGUUAUUAAUUGAAAACGGUUACUGUGUGCGUGCAGCAGUGUGUUCUCAUAAUGUUUACAAGAACUGUACAAAUAUGUUAAACUAGUCAAGUAGUUUUCAAAUAGAAGUAAUUUACUAGUCCAAAGAAGCAAGAAAAUGCAAAGUCAAACUCUGAACUGACAGUCUGUCACUUGCUUCUCUUGCACAAUGUCAGGACAAGUGCUGGAGUGAUGAGCUUAAAGCCUGGAGCUGCGUGCAGCUGCACCACCUCGAAUUGAAAAUGGAGUUGGUUCAGUGAUACUGCCAGUUAACGUGAAUGCUCUUCUAUUUUUCACCAUAACUGUAGUGUUACAGCAAGACCUCAGCUGAGAGAGGACUGCUUCCAGAAUUCUGCCCGGUUUUCUAGAAAGUGAAGAAUCUUUUCUUCAGAGGUGCUUUGGUCAAGUUGAACGCUCUCUCUAAAGCAGUUCUGGAGCACAGCACGUGGCGUUGUCUGCCAGCUUCAGGCAGCCUUGCUCAGAAGUUGGGCUUUGAAAGAAAGUAUUGGCACUCCCCAACACCAGCGUGAAGGGGCAGAGGCUCAGAAGCAUUGUUGUAUCCAGAGUUUCUUUAAACUGACCUGCUGUAGUGUAGUGACAUUUGUAGAGCUGAAUUUUGCUUGGGUGAGAAAACGUGUUCGUAGAAAUCCACGCAAGGCUUUUUCCUAGGGAAACCUGACACUAACUUUUAUAUAAUACCUGACUUAUCUUCUGACUGCAGGAACAAAAAUUGCAAUGACUUCAUUGCACAAAACGAUUAUUUGAAUGCUGACAUCUUUGUCUUCCUUCCAGUUGAGGGCUGUACUUGUCCUGUCUAGUUGGACGGAGUUGCUAGACCGCAAUGCAAGUGAACUUCAUUUCCAACAGUUGCAAUAGUGUCGUGGUGCUGCUGCUGAGUACUGCAGUCCUGUGGUUUUUGGUUUGUCAGAACUUUUGACAAUCUGCUUUCAUAGAGGGAAGAUUUAAGGGCUUAAAUUCUAGUACUGCAGAAUAAAGGAAGCAUUUUAUAACUCACUCAAAAGUCAGCUUUUAAAAUGAGCCAACGUUAAGUAAUAUUUCCAAAAGUAGACUCUGCAACGUUUAUUCAAACUUCCUUUGCAUCAGUGUAAUGUGAUGGACUCACCCGGAUUGCACUGAGAGCAAAAUAAGGUCCUAGCAUUUUUCAGGCUCUGGAACGGUAAAUAUCUGGGGAACUAAAAUCCUGGUCUAUGCACAUUGAGACUUCUCCAGUUCUCAUGGCACUUGUAAAUCAGAGUUUACAGGAGUUAUUUUAGUGUGGCAUUCCGGAUUCAUAAUGUGUCGUCCUGUGUGUGUCGAUAAUUACUGUACAGUUUGGACUUUUCUCAGUCUUCUGUCACCAUGCAGAGAUGUGUACUGCGUUUGUCAGUGUGGUUUUUAUUACUAUUAUUUCUGCCUCCCCCCCCCCAGUUGAGUAUGACAGGCUUUCUUCUCUCCAGGUUGUGAAUGAGACCAUUCCUUGGAGGACGGAAAUGGAAUGGCUUUUCUGAGAGAGGAAACGUGUACAACAGAUAUUUAUGAAACUGUACCUGAAUGCAUGAUUUAAAGUAGUUUAAUAUUAACAUGGUGAGUGCCAAGACUUUUCCAAGGAGUGCUGUUGUGUGAUUAAAACUGAAGGCAAACACAUGCUCACUUUUGCACAGUGCUUUGGGGUCUGACGGGCGUUCAGUGACUAUCCCCUUACCUCAGGACGGCAGCAGAGCAUGGAGGUAGAGGUGUGCCAGAGUUGUAGCCUCUGUCUUGUCCGAGCACAGCUGGGAGAUGCGGGACUGUGUUUGUUUCAGAAAAAUCUGCAUGGAUGUGCACUGCUGGAAAUGUUGCCUUUCAUACCUGGUAGUUACAGAACGUGUCGUGGGUUGUGGUUUGUGCAUAGCCACAGGGAACCUUGGUGCCAUUUUUCCAGCUGCUACCAUUUGCAGACCUCCCUGGUUUUCUUUGGCUCGAUAGCGACUACCAGGUAUAGGAACUUGCCACAGAGAUAAUUAAUAAAUACCUUAAAAUGAUAUUAUGCUUCUGCUUUUUCUAGAGUGAUGGAGAGCUAACGUAGGUGAUAGCCGUGAAACGCAAGCACAGGGGGAUGUGUGCGAGUCGAGCCUGACUUAGCAGUGAGCUCUUCCCUUUGGAGACUGGGGGGCACCACGGGAACGUGGCACGUGCAAGAAGCUGAUGGCAAAGCCCCCCCCUUUAAUGAGGAAGGGGCUUCGUGGAGGUCGGCCCUCAUAGUUGCUGAAAGGUUUUUGGCCUUACAGGAAGAGCCUUAAUCAACAUCAAAGCAUACUAAAAGGUGCCCCCAGACUUUCCCAUGUGCAGGGGCUGUUCCCUGACCUGCCCGGCAAGCAGCCGCGCUCCCAUCGCCUGCAGUGCAGCUGCUUUUGCUUUGUUUUGUGCGUCUGCCCCUCGGGCCUCGGGCUCCUGCGUAGUGUUUUGGGAAGGGAACAGUUGGUGCUGUAAGAGUGCCCGCUGAUGGGAAUUACCCCAGGGGUGGCAGAGGUGAUGUGGCUGAAAGGCAGGCCAGGUCGGUGCUGAAGGGAGGGUCUUUGAGGUGAGAUGAACGUGAUGGCUAUGGAGCAGCUCAAUAACUGACAGCGCAAUUGUUGUUGAUGAAAGAUGUAAAGUACAAGAAAAACAUGUGCAUGAGGAGUCCCUCGGCGGGCUAAGCUGUGUAAAGUGAGGCUGGGCGAGGCUAUGACUGGAGCAUUAACAGGCAGAUGAGGAGUGUUGGACACUUACCCUCCCUUUAUUUCUCUGUCUCCACCAUGAUCUUAUGGUGUCUGAGCUGCUGUGGGGCUGGUUUCGAAGUGCAGCUGCAUUCAAAUUAAAAUGGAAGCAGUUUCAUGCUUGAAAAAUGAAAAAAAUGUGUCGGUAAUGUUAGUGUUUGGGAGAUACUUGCAUGUACAAUGAUCUGACCUCUAGACAACAAAGCCUGGUGUGUUUUUGUUUGUUUCUUGUGUGGAUUUACUUUCCAAAUCUGAUGCUGUUUCAGCUCCACCUUUUGCAGGGAGUGUUGCAAGUCCUUUCCAGACUCGCUGAACCUGGACUUGAAAUCAGCUGUAAAGACCAUUAAGAUGCUUCUGGCUGCCCAUUUUGACAGGCUUUUCUAAUUGUUUCUGCUAUACAUAUACAUAGGAAAGUACAUGAUUUUUUGUGAACUUGGAAAUGUUGCUAUAAAGCUGGAUCCUGUGCUCUAAAGGCUUCUGACUGUUUUGUAAAUACUUGCAUUAAUGCCAGCUGGAUGGGGAAGAAUGGUUUAGGGACAACAGUAUUAAUUAGCGGUGGAAUAUUGUAAGUCCCUCGGAGCUUUCUGUAUCUGACUGGGAUAUAGAGUGAAAGCACCCGUGCUGUUGUGUUGUUUCCGAUACGGAAACUGCCGCCUGCGAGCUCUGGCCUCUGAGCCAGCCUCGCGUCGGGUGGCUGCGCUCGGCCAAAUCAGUCUUCAACUACUUGAAUGACCAAAGCAUUUGGACCAUGCAGUGGCUUGCUUAUUCCUUCAAACUCACUUCCUCAGCUUACUAACUAAAGAUGUUUGCUUAUCUUCAAGUGGAUGGCUUUCAUCCCGUUUAAAUUUGUGCCUUGUACCCUCCCCUCCCCUUCCUUAGGGAAAAGGACAGCUUGUGGAUUGCACCUACUUGAGCCUCUCCAAGUAGUGCUGAGCUCCAUCGCAUUGUUAUAGCCGUGCUAUAACUAGGUCUGAAAGGUGACAAACUCAGCCGUAGCAGUUCUGUGACCCUCCUUUCCCCCAGAGGCCGUUCGCACGCAGCAGCUGCCGAAAUCUGGAGAAUUCCCUGUUGCUCACCAGGGCAGCAGGACCUGUGCCUGCCGUGGGAAGAUGAUGCGAAAUGCUUCGGCCUUCCUCAGCUUGCCCCGGCUGUCCCCAGUCCUGCAGUCAGGGACAGGGUUUUCCUUUCUUCUUAGAGCAGUGCUAGGCACGUCUUCUCUCUAGAAGAUCUGACCUCGGAUGGAAAGCUCUCGUGUGAGUUGUGAGUUAGGGUGCCGAGAUGAGGCACAGUCUGCAAAGCAGUGUUACUGAGUUAGAGCUGGCGCGUUCAGGGGUGGCUCGGGAGUGUAGUACUUGGGGAGAGCUUGGACGCUGCCUCUUGGCUGGCUCUGCAGUUUGCCUGCAGUUCUUGCAUAGCCAAUCUUACGUUGCUUACUCCAUCUUAGUCCCUGCUUUCACUUAAAAACUCGUUCUUCAAAAGAGAAAAUCGCGUGAAGCAAUGGUGGGGGGUUGAGCGCAAAACAGCAAACCGAGCACCUUCAUUGCAUGCAUAUCUGCUUUGUUGUAAAGACGUUAAGGAGUAGUCAGACAACCGGACCCUGAUGUGAAGCCGACUUGGAGAGGACAGUAGACCCUGUGCUGCAGUAUUUAUCUGAAAUGAAAUUCUGAAUGUUUACCUCAGUGUAAAUAUCUUACCUUUCCCGUGGGAGGAAAGGAGUCUUGCAUGGAGCAAUCAAUAUCCAGAUCGCUUUGCCAAACACGUCAUCCUCUCUAAGGCAGGCUUCACAUUGGUAUGAACACUGUCCCUCUUUGGACCCUUACCUUUCUAGGAUGUGAAUGGUAAAAAUGUGAAUAUUUGUUGUUUACUUCAUUAGGCAUAAUUCAUAAUGAUGUGUUUAUAUGAAGAAUAUCACAGACUGAAGCAAAACCAUAUGCAAUUGGUUUACUUUAUUAUAAACUGUAUAUGAUGUACAAACUAAUAAAAACUUAAAUGACGACAGUCUCACUGUUGUUCUUGAACAGGCAAAUAAACAAGAUACUCCAGCUGUGCAUUUCAGUGCUGGAUGUGAUCUGGAGUGUUGGGUUGUGUUACCAGAGCACUGGAGGGAGAGGUGGCUCAGCAUGCUCUCAAGAGCUGUCCUGGGCAGAUGCUGUUAAAUUUUUUUUAUAGUUUUGAUGGAACAAAACCGCAUGAGACUUCUCACAUGGCACUCGCAACUCUCCUGGUGCAGAAGCUAGCCAACUGUUUAUCCCUUGAAGGUAAGGGGGGAUUACAGGCAUUCCAUCUUUUUGAAACAGCAGGAACUAUUUUGCCUUGCUAGGAAACAUGGGGAGUGUUUAUCAGAUUAGCCCAAAGCACUCCUUGCUUUUGUUUUAAAUGUUCGGAGGAGAAAUGCUUCUUGCACAGGCUGAGCUGGGCUUCCUGAGCAAUACAGGUUUGAGUGCGCACAGCUACAGGUAAGCUGUGCCCAUGUGACAGCUCCUUUACAGAUAUGAACCCAGCACAUGCAUGUCAAACACAGUAAGUAUUUACAUUUAUUAAUACUGGAUUAACUACACUGUGCAGUUCACCAAACACUGAGCCCUAGCAUGAGUUUAAACUGUUGUCCUGACCUGACUCCAUUAGUUGAGCUUUUUGUUAUGGUAAAGUAGCGACCACAUAUCCACUGUUGACUGACAAACAAUCUGGCUAAGAGCAAAAACAUAAGCUUUAAUAAAACAGACUUAAUAACAAAAGUACUUGAUCAUUAACUUUUUUCCAGCCAAUGGUUUAGGUUUGAGCAGACUUAAGUUACGCAGUUACAAUACCUCCAUUUACUUCCUAAAUUACAAUGUUACUUCCAUCCUAACUUUUAACAUUCAAGUGCAUUAGAUAAAACUAGUAAAAUCUUGCAUGAAGUACAGUUCUAUACUUCAGACAUGAUUUUAGUUUCUAUAAAAUAAGAUGGAAAAGACAUUAGUUCAUCUCUUCCACUCCCCGCCAAGGCAGGAUUGUUCCCUACAAAACAAGGGCACUGGACAGUAUUUGGUCCUGCCCACUCUUACAUGUGCUCUGAAAAGACUGGAGCCAUGUUACAGGAACUGAAUGCAUCUCCUGAGAUUUGUUUCCUCUUCUGUGAUUUCAUUUUUUUUUCUGUCUCCAAGACAUUAUCUGGCAAUGUGCUUUUCUUUUUUGUGCUCACCAGCAUAUCUCUUCCCUGCACUUGAAGGAAGCCUGAGCAUGAAUUGGGGUAGAACAUGCAAGGCUUUUAGGUACCCUGAUGUCUGUUGCAAAUCCUCUUCUUAUGGACUAAAUUAUUGGUAACUGCCACACUUGACAGAAGUGACCCAUACUUGGGUCUUACUGGUUCUUACCUAGUAAUUCAGCUACCAGAAAUUACUGACUUUUAGUCCCUCUGGUUUGGGAGAGGCAUUAUGCAGUUCACUUCACUUGGCUUCAGACCAGUUAUGUACAGGCUUUGGUCUGCCACUGCUUGAUCAUAUAGUGCUGGCAUGUAAAGAUCUAACGAUUGUGGUUCAUAGGGAAGUUAUAAAAGACCAUAGAAGAUCUUCCUCUGAGGAAGAAAACAAGCAGAACACCACAGCUCGUUCUUUCCAAAAGUCUUCCAUUAAAAGCACUCAGCAACACUUUAGUUACUGACAUCAGUUAUUUGACAGUUUUCCUUUGUCAGUCAGGAGUUGUUUGUUUUCUUCCAGAGGCCAAUAAACUGUCUCCCCAGAGACACUUCAUACUGGGGUUGGCAAAAAGGGCUUACUUUAGUAAAGGUAGAAUUAUUUCUCUUUACAAUUAUAAAGGUUACUGAGUUACUUGCCUUUUAAAAACAA